AUUUCUCCUCAAAGCAAUUCGAACGAAGAGAAACACUGCCUGCACUACAUGUAUACAGGCUUAACCAAAGCAGGUCCAUUUCCUGAGUUCAUUGCUGAGGCUGAAUCUGAUGACAAACAGAUUGUUCGCUACAGUAAUGAAAAACGAGCCUGGGAAAGAGACAAUCUGACUGUAGACGACUGGAACAAAGCUCCUGCAGAACCACCUGAAACUAGAGAAGAGUUCUUAAAUGAUCUAUAUGAUCUGUCAAAGUGCAAAUUGACUGCAGAGUGUUCUGAGUUUCACGUACUCCAGAGAAUAAUUGGCUGUGAAGUGGUGAAACGUCUUGAUGGAACAGUGACGAAUCUGAAUGCCUUUGAUAAGAGUGCAUACGAUGGAAAGGAUUUUACUAUCUAUAAGUACAACCAACCUCUUCCGUGGAUGGAUAAAGUCAUAGAAACCAAAAUGGAUCAUCAAACUGGACGAAACCCAUUCCUCACAGAUUUCCUCACAAACUGCAUGAACUGGAUCUCCACAUUUAACAACACAUAUAAGAAUUCACCAGAUGUUUACAUCUCUGCGAGGAAAGCUCCACAUGAUCAACACAAGCUGGUUUUGACCUGUUCGGCCACUAGUUUUUACCCCAGAGAUAUUGAGAUGAACAUCAGAUUGAACGAAUCUAUUUUAGACAACCAAAUGUGUUCUGAAAUCAGACCAAAUGCUAAUGAAACAUUUCAGAUGAACACCAGUGCGGAGAUUGACAAAAACUUCAAAGGAUCUUAUGACUGUUUUGUCAUUCACGGCAGUCUGACAGAACCAGCUUCAGUAGAAUGGGAUGGAAAAUGUUCUACAUUUGAGACAGAAUCUCAGUGGUCUUUUAUAGUAGGAUUAACCGUUCCAGUUCUAGCUGUAAUUUUAGUUCUAGCUCUCAUUGCGAUUUGUCAUAAAGGGCCAAAUGAAUCUUUCCUAGCUCUGGGGAGAAAUCAUCAUCGUGAUUAUGGUGCAGUGAGUGAGCAGAUACCGAUGACCGAUGCAGCGUGUGCUGAUGCAUCUGAUGAAGAGCUCAGUGUUGAUGAAUCUGCAGACCAGACUGCGGUGUGAACAGGUUUUUGAUUUCUCUUCAUUCUGAAUGGACACUGUAUUCUAAUUAUCCAGCUCUGUUCAGAAAAACAAAUGAUGUUUGUUUACAGGGUUUUUUCUGUCAGCAUUUUCUAAUCUGAGUCAGCUCUUACGAAAGUUCCUGUUUAUGAAGUUGUUUAUGCUCACUCGAAAUAUGACAUUGCUUUUCACAUUUGAGAGUUUCUUGAAACAUUUCAGAGGGUCAAGAUCACAUGAUAUGUGUUACAUGAAACUCAGUUUUCAGGAAUCGUUUCAGUCGAAUGAACAUUGGUGAAUUAUGAAAUGGUGUUUUGUAUCAGUAAAACAUUUGAGAAAUGCUUCUGUUUCAGUGAACACAGGUCAAUGUCAGUGUUAGACUCUUCAGGAUGUCAAA